AUGUAAUUUUUUAAAGAAGCAACAUACACUUUCAAAUAAAAAUUUGGAUAUUCUCAAGAUGAAAAAGCUCUUAAAUUAUUCGAUUAAGCCUAUCAUUAUCCAAGCACCAUACUUCCAAUAAAUAUUCUAGACUAAAUAGCUGAACUUAGUUUUCAAAUAGAACAUUAUCCAAAAAUAAUAAAUGAAAUCAUUAAGUAACUAAACUCGUCAAAUAACACAGCCAAUAAUAUUUUAAAAACACUCAUUAUAACAGAUUAUUUAUUGAAAUAUGGAUGUUCAGGGAUAAUUGAUGAUUUGAAAGAACGCAUAGGUUUGAUUAGACAUUACUCAGAAUAUAAGUCAGAAUGCCAAGAACCGCUAUUCCAAUCUAUUAGAUAGAAAGCAUAAAAUAUAACAAUACAACUAACAAAUAGAAAUCUUUUGUAUAAAGAAAAGGAAAUAGCAAAAUAGAUGAAAUUAAAAAUUUAGAUGAAUAAACUAAAACUAUAAGCCUAAUGCAGUAAUGUUAAUGAUGAGACUUAAUCUAAGUUGGAUGAUAUGUUGGAAAAUUAUAUUUACAAAUAUAUGGAUAAAUUCCAUGAUAAAUUAGAAAGUUGGGGAGAUCAAAUGAAUGAAAAACUUGAUAGUCUAAUUAAUAAUGUGGCCACUAAUUCCGCUUAUAAGAAAGAUGAAAAUGGAUAUUACUAUCCUGAAUCUUGCAUGGAUGAUGUUAUGGUGGUUAAGGAUAGAGGGUUGGAUUUCAAAUAAAAUAGUUAAAAGUCUUAAAUGACAAAUUAAAAUGUUGUUAAUUAAGAAAAUGUUUAACCAAAUAAAUAAGUAAUUAAAUAAAAGAUAAACUUAUUAGAUUGA